AUGAGUCCAUCGCUUCUGCACCUGAUCUUCGGCUGGUCUGGACACCUCACACACUUCCCCAUGGUGCUGUCAGAAAACACGUGCAGAACCCCCGUGACCAAAGGGGUACCAAAAUCCAGCCUGCGUCUUGGUGCCCACUCCCUGCCCUCGCCGCCGUUGUGCUGCGCGUGCGGCCUGUGCACGCUCCUGGCCGGCAUCAACAUCACCCUGGUGGGCGCCUUCGCUUUCGGCACCUUCGUCCCCAGCGGCAACCCCCCUAUCAUCAUCGGGCCGCUCCUACUGCUGACCGCCCUGGGUUUCUUCGCGGCGUGCUGCGCCACGAGGGGCUCCCCGACGAGCUCCGCCCCCCGGGUCAAGGGGCUGGGGCGGGCGGGAGCAGCCUUCGAGAUGGAAACCAGCGAGCACACACUGCAGGAGACCACGGCGCUACAAUUCAGCCCCACCAGCUCGCCCGUCUCCUCGCACGGGUCUGACGGCGGUGAUGCCGUGCUGCCUGCGUGUACUGGAGGUGGCGAUAACAAGCAUGUGCGGUGUGAUGCGCAUACGGUUGGUGAAACUCCACCGGACAUGAACUCCACUGAUGAGUAA